UGUCAAUCCCUCCAAGUCGCCUGAACUCAGUGACAUAUUAAAAUGACAGUUGUCACUUUUUGGCAAAUGAUUUUGUAAAUAACAAAAAUACCGCCUCUUGUUAUAAACCUCGCCGGCCAAAAAUACACAAAAAUGCUCUUCUAUUCAUUCUUCAAAUCACUGGUUGGCAAAGAUGUCGUCGUGGAGCUCAAAAACGAUCUAAGCAUUUGUGGAACUUUGCAUUCCGUGGACCAGUAUCUGAACAUCAAACUAACAGACAUAAGUGUCACAGAUCCAGAUAAAUAUCCGCACAUGUUGUCUGUGAAAAAUUGCUUCAUAAGAGGUUCAGUUGUUCGCUAUGUCCAACUGCCUGGGGACGAAGUGGAUACUCAAUUGCUUCAGGAUGCAGCUCGCAAGGAGGCUGUUGUUAGUACAAGAUAGAUUUGGAAUUGUAUUUUAUUCCUAAGUUAAGAAGGAUGUAAGUGUCUCUUUUUUUAUUUUAAAUUAAAGUAAAUGAAUUUGUAAAAGAA